CUGACGUCCUGAGCGUUCUGCCCGGUGAUUUGAUUCCCUAAUGGGACUGCGAUGCACCUCUUCCUUUCCUCCGUGCUGCUGCGGGUGUUGGAUAGACAGAGGAAUGAAUGAAUCCCGGAUAUCUUCGACAGAGACAGCGGACGACCAACGCUACGCUCAGUCCUUCGCCAGAUAUUUCUCCUUGACCGACAAUUAUCGCGUCUUUCUACUUUAAUCAACUCUAGCUGCAGGUGGAUAUACUAUCUAUACAUAUCUAACACAGAAUGCGCUGGCACUCGAUAGCGCAUCACUUGUAGAAUAAAGUGCCGUGGCAGCCAGCUAGCGGUGUUCGUUCUAACGAACGGCUUUCUUUCUUCCUCUCGUUUAUCCUCGUAGCAUACGCAUCCUGAUCUUGAUCCUAGACCCUGUAUUCAUGCUGGGAACCGUAACGCCCGUCGUUGGCUUUGUGCUGCAGGUGAAACCGCCGUUGCUGCUAUCGAGGCUGACACCCGCCGAGCCAUAGUAAUCGUCUCUCCCUCGCCUCCCCAACAAGCCUGUCUUGUCUUCUUUAUGAUUCCCAUCUUCCCUUUCUACCGUCUGCUCUUCUUUCUUUUCUUCCUCUUCCAACUCGGCCUCGUUUGCAUCUGCAUUCUCGACCUUGCUGUGGCUUUUGCCCACAGACCUGCCGCGGCGAUGUUUCAGGUACCGUAGUCUAACCUUGCUGCUUUGUCCCCUAGGUCAUUUGCCAGGCUAACAAGAUCGUUAACUCCUUUUGUUCCACAGCGUAUCCGCGAAGCAAUCGACUCUCGUAUCGCAGAGGAACAGGCUCGUCAAAAAGCUGGUCAAGAAUCGCUGCUCCGUUCCAAUUCCGCGCGUCGUCCGGCCGCACGGCGACGAAACACCGGCACACCUUCGAGGGGCACCGACUCUAAGAACCCUGAUCCUACCGAAUUCGAACCGGAAUUUGCUAUCGGCGACGAUGAUACAGCCAGCAGAGCCAGUACCCCCCGGCCGGAAAAGGCUGGAUCCUCUGAAGGUACUACAGAAGUCACUGCCGGGGAGGGAAAUGCGCCCGCGGAGUCAACCACCAAGGGGUCUGCUGCCCCGGAUGCCGACGCCGGAAAGCAGGCUCAGUCUGAUCUGCCUAUGGAAGUAAGAGUUAAGCUACGGAAGUUCGACAAGCUACAAUCUAAGUAUCAGGGUAGGUGCCUCUCCUUUUAAUGUGGUUACCUGGCGACGCUACUGACCGUCGGGCUUCUAUAACUGUCUUUAGAGCUCCUGAACGCUUACCGGACGGCGCAUGCGCGAGUUCUCUCUAUUGAACCGUUUGAAGCUGCCCUACGCGAGAACACCCCGCUCACAUCGAUUGGCGACCCCAAAGCCCUGACGGAGUACCUAAACCAGAUCUCUUUGAAGGGGGACAUGGUCGUGGAAGAACUGAAGCGUGUUACGGCGGAGAGGGAUGAAUAUAAAACGAAAUUUGAAGAGGCCCAGGAAGCUUUGAAAAAUACCUCGGAUGAGGCCGCUGGCACCGAGAAGAAGGCUAAGCAGGAAUCUACAGACAAGGACGGCAACUUGACCGUCGACACCGCCACUGCAAAUGACCGCUCAGUCGACGCGUCUGUGAAAUCGCCCGCAUCGUCGCUUACGUCGCGCACUGGUGGUCUUGUUGGUCUCUUCUCGAAGCAGAAUGCUGCCAAGUCUCCGCCACCGCAAGACGGAAGUGAGGAAUUCUUCUCCUUCGACAACGAAGUCCCCCGACUGGAUUCUGAACUGAAAGAGAGGCAGGAGGAGGUCGAAGCCCUAAAAUCACAGAUCGAGACCCUCAAAUCCGACCUGUCUGUGGCCCGUGAGUCCGCAGAGGGGAUGGUUAAGAGCUUGGAAUCUGCUACUCGCGAGCUGGCCGAAGUUCGAGAUGCCAAGGAUAAGCAGGAUGCGGAAAUCCAGAGCUUGAAGACAUCGAAACAAGCAGAUAUCGACGAACUAAAAGCGAAGCUUUCAGCAGCGGAGGCCACCGUGGAAAAAACAACGUCAGAAUUUGAGGACUUACAGGCUCAACUGAAACAGAAAUCAGACGAGUUGAAAGAGCUUUCCCAAUCCGAGCAGACUGGCCAAGUCUCGGAGCUCAGCUCACAACUGGAGGAGGCAACGAAGGAGAAAGAAGUCAGCGGAAAGCGGCUAGGCGUGCUACAAGGGUUGGUGGAUAAUCUUCGAACACAGCUCAAGGAAACUGAAACCACUGUGGCAAACCUGAAGACGGAGCUGGAUCAAAAAGCCCAGGAUAUGGACAAGCUGCGGAAUAUCGUUGAUUUUGUGGACCAAGGCCUCGAGGGCAACGAGAAAUGGCAAUCUGCUAAAGAAAAGGUGUCUAGUGGGCAGAGUGCCGACUUCAGCAACGUCUUAAAGAGCUUGGCGUCUCCAGAGACGGAAACCGAGCCGAAGACAGCAACUGCCCCAGAGUCAAACAAUACCUUGCCAAGCGCUGGAUCCAAGAAGAGAAAGAACAACAAGAAGAAGAAAGGAAAUAAGGCUAAUGUAGAUGCUGCCGCCGCCCAGGAAGACAAUGAAUUGCCCAAAGCGGGGCCAGCCCCAGUUUCCGCCGAUGUGGAUGAGUUGGUACGGAAGAUAGAAUCUCUCACAUCCCAGCUGACAGAGAAGGAAGAGGCAAUUAACCGCCUUUCUUCCAAACUGAAGGGCGAGGAGGAUUUGAAGGAGGAGAUAGAGUCUCUUCGUGAUGACCUCCUUCAUAUUGGACAAGAUCAUGUGGAGGCAAAGGACAAGAUUAAAGAGCUUUUGGCGGAGAAGUCAGCAUUGGAGGGGACCAUCUCCAAGCUGGAGAAGGAAUUAGUCGAUAUGCAAACGAGCAAAGCCUCUGAAGCCGCAGAAUCUGAGAAGGCACACAGUGACCUAAAAGCGGAAUUCGAAAACCUCAAAACAAAGGCCGCCACUUUGGAAACUGAUCUCUCAGCCGCGCAUCAACUGGCUGCAUCUCGAUUCAAAGACUUUACCAACCUGAAGGAAACUCUGCAGAAGUUGCAACCUGAGCUUCGAAAUCUCCGGGCAGAAUCUUCAGAGCUCAAGUCUACAAAGGAAGCUCUUACUAACAAGACGACUGAACUAAAAACCCUGGAGGGCAAACACGAGAAUUUACGCGCGGACCUAAACAAGGUCAAGUCUUCUGUUUCAGAAAGGGAUGCUGAGAUCAAGACGCUCAACCAGAAGAUCAGGCAGGAAACAGACAGUCGUCUUAAGGCGGAAGAUUCUCUGGCAGUGGCCCAGUCUGACCUGAGGUACUCGGAGGGCAAAAAGCAGGAGGCUCUGGAGAGCAGGGAGAAGAUAACGGUAGAGCUGUCCAAGGCCCAGGAGUCCCUUAAGGCUUCUAGGACCAAGCUCUACGAUAUGGAGGAGCAGGUUACUAAGCUCAAUAAGGAUAUCGAAGGCUUGCGCGAAGAGAUUCAACUGAAGACUGCCCAACAUGCUAGUGCACAGAGCUUGAUGAACAGCAUGCGAGAUCAGACUGCGGAAAUGGCAAUGCAAAUGAAAGAGGCUCGUGAACGUUGCGAGAGUCUGGAAGAGGAGUUGGCUGAUGCGCAUCGUCUAUUGAGCGAGCGAACCCGUGAAGGUGAGACGAUGAGGCGUUUACUUAGCGAUAUCGAGGGCCGCACCGAUGCCAAAAUCCGCGACUUCAAGGAGAGAAUGGAAGCUGCUAUUGAAGAGCGAGAUCGCGCUGAAGAUGAGGCCAGCGCACAAGGUCGUCGCCGAGCCAGGGAAAUUGAAGAAUUGAAAGUCAAAGUCAGGGAGGCAGAGAGAGCCCUCCGAACGGCGCAAGAGGACAAGGAAGAGCUGGAACACUCACAGAAGGAGUGGAAGCGCAGACGGGAUGAUCUGGAAGCGCAGUCGGAGAAGUCUACCCGAGAACUCGACGAUGUGCGGCAGGCGAUGGCUCAGUUGCGUGAUGCUUUGGACGAAAGCGAGAAGCAAGUGCGGGAGCUGCAAAAGGAGAAGGCCGAGCUGCGUCGUUCCGUAGAGGAGACGAGCAGUCGACUCGAGAAGCUACGCAAAUCGAACAAAGCCUUGACUGAUGACAUUCGUUCGACCCAAGGCAACCACUCAUCCCGCUCAUCGAUUGACUCAUCAAGAAGGGGAGUUGUUUCUCCUCCGCCAGCCAGUCGAAACAUGUCAAGCAGCGAAUCGCUACUAGGCGGGCCAUCGAUUGAUUAUAUUUACUUGAAGAAUGUUCUUUUGCAGUUCUUGGAGCAAAAGGAUAAAAGGUACCAGAAGCAGCUGAUCCCUGUGCUCGGGAUGCUUCUUCAUUUUGACCGAACCGAUGAGCAGAAAUGGAUGGCGGCCAUAAUGGCUAGAUAACGUGGGACUCACAUUCUGAUCAUUGUCUUCCGCCCUCUUCUCUCUGUUACCUCUUGAAUGACAUUGCGAGGGUCAUGGCCUGGUGUUCUGGACAUGAUUUGGUUGUAUUAACAGCACUGUUCAAUAUCUAUCUGGGCGCGGAAGGUUGGAUUUCUUUUUCUCCCUGUAUACUAGUAUUAUCUGUAGUAGACUAGCAUUUAUGUCGAAUGGCUUUUGUAAUGUGAUCAAC